CACAGACACGCGACACGCGAGCGCUUGUACACCAGACCUUCACAACACCAUGUCGUCUCUCAGCCCGUUCCUUCAAUAUCUUCCCCAAGCGGAGGGCUUGCUGCCUAAAUGGCAGCUCCUCGUCGCCACCAUGGCCCUCUUCAACACGGUCCAAAACUUUGCUACACUGAAGCUCACACGUCGACUCUAUGGCCGUGUGUCCCCUCAGUCCAUCACAGGCCUCCAGGCGAGGACCUUCGCAGUAUGGACCCUCACUUCUGCCGUGGUGAGAGGAUACGCGGCGUAUAACAUUAACAACAAGAGCAUCUAUGACAUGGCCUUGUUCACAUACCUCAUUGCAUUCGGUCACUUCACAUCCGAGAUCUUCGUCUACCGAACGGCCAAGGUCAUGUCCCCCGUGUUCAGCACGCUCGUCGUCUCCACCUUGUCCCUCGUAUGGAUGAUCACCCAGUACGACUUCUACGUCAAAGCGUAAGCGUGAAAGCGCCCGAAGUGCGUGCUAGGAAGCGCCGAUGGAUGUGUGACGUAUUAUUUUUGGAUAACUUCUAAUGACCACUAUUUGUAGUACUGAAUAGCCUUUUGAAAAAGGUCAAAUACAUGAACUCAAAC